AGGGUGGAGACAGGGGCCUUAGGAAUUGCUCUGUGGGAUGGUGGAGAGUCAGAACUGGAGCUUAGGAGGUCGAGGAGGGGCGGGGUGCAAGGACCCCUAGAGGCAUCAGAAAACAGAGGUCAGAAGACACAGAAGGUCUCCUCUUCCAGCUUUUCAAUUGCCCUCUCUCCUCACACAGUAGAUUACUGUCUCUCCUACAAUUGGUCCAUAGGAUAG